UUCUUCCCUAAAACCCUUCUCUUAUACCCACGAACACGAAGAGAACGGUAGAAUAGUAAGUUGAGAGAUCACAUCACCAAUUCGAAAAUAUCUCAGAAGAUCCACUCUUGGCCGAUCGCUUUCUCUCUCUUCUUGAUUGUUGGUAUCAAAUUUUUCAAAGACCCAUCUCGGAGAAAUGCUAGGAAGAAGGUUCAUUUCCUUGUUUAAGAAUUCCACAAAACCAAAGCUCUCGAGUUCUGCAAAGCCUGUGGAUGAAGAGAAGACCAAAUCAAUUGGUCGUAAAGCUGUGUCUUUCAUUUUGAUUACCGUUACGGGUGGCGUUGCUUUGAGCGCUCUUGAUGACCUUACUAUUUAUCGUAGUUGUAGCAGCAAGGCUAUAGAGAAAGUGAGUAACAGUCAGGAAAUUAAAGAUGCUUUAGGAGAGCCUAUUGUGAAAGGUCCAUGGUACAAUGCCUCACUUGCAGUAGCUCAUAAGAGGCAAUCUGUUUCUUGCACAUUCCCAGUUUCUGGUCCACAAGGCACAGGAGUCUUGCAGUUGAAGGCAGUACGCAAUGGAGAGGACACAUGGUUUUCUUUUUUACGGCCUCGUGACUGGGAUAUUAUAAUCAUGGACGCACUCCUCCAUGUUCCUGGGAACGAUGAGAAGAAUCGAACGUUUCGGAUCAGUCUCUCAGAUUACUUUCCUCCUCCAUCCUCAACGGCGUGCACGGAUUGCAAGCCAAAAGAACUGGAUAACCAAGAUAAGAAAUGAAAGCUGGCCAAACUCCAUAAUUCCUUGUAAUGGGAAUACAUUUUUUUGUUGAUUUUUUUACACUCCUUGAGAGCAAAGCAAUAUUAGACCAUUUUUCUUGUUAUGCAAAGUUCUGAAAUAAAAUUAUCUUUCAUUGUUGUCUUUCUUAAACUCUAUUAAGAAGAGCAAGCCUUUAAGCAUUCUAUGAUAGACAUGUUUAUUGGUUGAAUAAUGUUAAGAGAUACCAAUGGUGUUCGGCACCAUACUUUUAUAGAAGAGAGUUCUAUGUAAUUUAAACACGUUGUUAUAAAGUAUCUUGAGGUAGGAUUUGAUAAAUAUCAAUGCAAAUUAACUUGAUUGAUACAUGUA